AUGAAAAGGCUAUUCCUGGAACAUUUUUUCCCUCCCACCAAGACGAACGCGCUAAAGAAUGAGAUCAGUGGUGCAAAUCAGGAGUAUGAUGAGUCCUUAAGCGCUUACUGGACCAGAUUUAGGAGAUUGGUGGAUAGUUGCCCAAACCACAAGUUUACUGAGGGUGACUUGUUGCAGUAUUUCUACCAAGGGAUGACCGUUGACACUAAGAAUUUGGUGAACUCAGCAAGUGGAGAGGGAUUUUCCCAAAACACGGUGAGUGAAGCCAAAAGAUUAAUUCAACACUUGGUGGAAGCUACGAGGGAGUAUGAGGAGCCGCACAUCCAACAGCUCAAGAAAGCUGCUCAAGCUAGUUCAUCAGAUUUUGAGGAGAAGUUCGAAGCAAGGAUGGGAAAAUUGGAGAGAAUUUUGAGCACUAUGGUGGAGAAAGUCGCAAUGGCUGGACAACCACCAGAAAAGCCAUGUGGAGCAUGUGGCAAUGUGCAGCAGCUUCAACAGUCUCAUGCAGAUCAAAAGGUGCAGAUAGAGGGGUUGGCUCGUCAAGUGUCUCAGCUCGCAACAUCCGUGAAUCAACUCAAGGGCCAUCAAGGAAAAUUGCCAUCGCAAGUCCAAGUGAAUCCUCAGGAAACUGUGAACUUGAUCACCUUGAGAAGUGGCAAAGAAUUGGAUGAACCACCAAUCAAGAAAGUGGAAAAAGCUCGAGAAGGCGAAUCUGGCGAGAGCAACUGUUUGCCCAAACAGAACGAUUCUGAAGAACUAGUGCUCACUGGAGGUCAAUCUGGAAAUACGUCUCGUUUGCCCAAACAGGACGGUGAGUCCGAAGCUGUGCAGAAAGGAAGGGAGGCAGAACGAGAAAGUGUUGAAGAUGAUUCGACCAAGGAGGAACCAAUACUGAGCCUCCGCGAUCCUAAGUUUGUGCCACCAGUACCUUUCCCAAGAAGGUUAGCAAGGAAGAAGCCUGAGGAAGAGAUCAAUGACUUCAUGAAGAUAUUUGGAAAGUUGGAGAUUAAUCUUCCUUUCCUCCAAGCACUCAAACUCCCUCAUCUGAGCAAGUUUUUGAAGGACUUCAUCGAUGAAAAGUCUAAGAAAUCUGGAAAGAUUUUGGUGGCUACUAAGUUGGUGAUUCAGUUGGCUGAUGGGUCACGUGUUCAUCCUGAGGGUCUUCUAGAGAAUGUUCUAGUAAAGGUGCAUGAUUUUGUUUAUCCUGCUGACUUUUAUGUGGUGAAAAUGAGUGGUAUGCAGUCGAAAGAGUCACCGGUGUUCUGUUAG